CUGAUUGCCCGACGCCGUGCUAAAUCGUGGAUCAUUCACCUUCAAGAUGAUUCUUCACCACUCUCUCACACCACCAGUCCCACAUUAGGUGCAACACUGCCUAUGUCCCAGAGAGCUCUCAAAGGUCAUGUCAUAGUGUUUCCAGCCAAACCUGAGGCCCUCUCCCCAUUUCUUCCUCCUCCCCUCCAGAAUGUCAUCACCCUGAUCUGUAUCAUUUUUGUCAGAGCAACCACUCCAUCUAAAGAUUGGCUCCUAAAAAAUGCCCAUCCACUCGUUGUCUGGCAUGAGAAGGUAUGUGCUGCCCUUCAAUGGCUCAUAACACACAACCCUUUGUAUGGUGAUGUUGUUUUAGACGAAGAGGAACUUGGUUGCCUUCCUUCUUCGGAUCUCAUGCCUGUUCCCCUUCAUGUACAACAACCCACAGAUGCCAUAUGCACCCCUGGUUCCCAUUAUGAUAAUCUAGAUUCCCAUCCGACCCACACUCCCUCUGAUCCCAAUGCAAUAGCCCUACAGAAUGUGGUGGUCACGGACUUAGACAUGCGGGAUGCGAGUACUGCUCAGAUUACUGCUGCUGCCAUUCGCCAUCUGAAAAGGCCACAUGGGGGUAUUGGAGGGCACAUUGAGGUGAAGCAUGGUAAAGACCUGGUGAAUCACUACACGGACCCUCAUUUGCUUCCACUAUUGUAUCCAACCUUAUUUCCAUAUGGUGUUGGUGGUUACCAUCGUGGGUGUCGUACCCCACUUAGCUUGGAAAAAAUGGCAGCUCAUUUA